AUGAUAUUAUUCAUCACCACUUUCUCUCACGCUCACCUCACUCAAGCCUCUUAAGCCAAAAUCCCAAUUUCAGGAACUGUGCUGAGUUUCCACCAUCAGUUUGCAAGUGUGUGUGUUUUAGAGAGAGAACUUCUCUCUCUAUAAUCGCGUGUGUAUAUAUGAUGAGCUCUGGUCCUCGCUCUCACGCGGACUUGCAGAGAUCACUCACAUCAAGCAUAAAAACACAGGGAAAAAAUCCUUUCUUCCAUCUCAAUCUUCCAAAAUUCUUCAAAAUCUUUCACCCCUUUCAAGAAAUUAAUCAACACUUAAUCAAUUUUUUUUCUUUCUUGAUACAAAAUUUAUGAUGAUCCUUGAUGGCCCUUUUCUUCUGUAAGCUCUUUUCCUAAUUCAAAACCAUUUUUUUUUGUUUCACAACCUCACAAAAAAACAUUUCUUUACUUUUGGCCGCUUCACAUAUUUUGAUCUCCAAAAAGAUCACAACUUUCAGAAACCCUUUUCUAUAGAUUUCCCACCACGAGCUUAAACCAUCAGCCCGUCUGAAGAUCAAAUCUUGCUAGUGAAAAUCGAUUCUUUUUCGUGAACCAAAAAAAUAAAAUAAAAAAAUGCAAGACCCAUCUCUGUAUUCACAGAUCAAAGCGCAAGUGCAGCAGCAGCAGCAGCCUCAAUUUCCGGAGCAAGAACACCUCAAAUGCCCGCGCUGCGAUUCCACAAACACCAAAUUCUGCUACUACAACAACUACAAUCUCUCCCAGCCGCGCCAUUUCUGCAAGAAUUGCCGCCGGUAUUGGACCAAAGGCGGCGCGUUGCGGAACAUCCCCGUCGGCGGCGGCUCACGGAAGAAUUCCAAGCGGAGCUCCUCCUCCUCCUCUUCCGCCGCCUCCUCCUCCCCCUCCGCCACCGCAAAACGCCCGGCCGCUGCCGUCGCCGCCGCUUCGCCGGUCAAGAACGAGAGCACGAGCAGCAAUGGCGAAACGCCGCUUAAGGGAGAGAAUUUCGUGGGGCAGUUUGGGAAUUUAUUGGAGGCGGGCGGCAGUUUCAGCUCGCUAUUGGGCUCCAACGGGGGGCAUUUUGGUAAUUUCCUAGACGGGUUAGGAACCAGCGGGUCCGGAUUGCAGAUGUCGGAUCACUUCGGCGAUCCGGGUUCGGGUCAGAAUGUGGAUCCGCGGGUUUUAGAGGGUGAUCUCAGCAACAAUGCUGAUGGAUUCUUGAGCAUCCACGGCGGAGACGGCGGCGGCGGCGGAGGAGGAGACGGCGGCUGUUGGGGCGGCGGAGGCAAUGGUUGGCCUGAUCUCGCCAUUUACACACCAGGCUCAACUUUUCUGUAGUGUGAAAAAGUAUUAAUAUGGAAGUCAUUUGGUGAUGGAGAGAUGAUCAACGCUAGCUGUGAGUUGGGAUCCCUCAUUGUCAUUGGCCAUGAUAUUAGAAUUCUAUAGGUUGAUAUAUAUAUAUAUAUCUUUUUCUUUGAUGAUUUUGUCAUUUUGUGUGUGUGUUUUGAGACUUUGUAUGAGCAUUACUAAUAGUGGAAGUGGAAGUGCUAAUAUAUUAUGAAAAUAGAUUUUCUCCA